AGAGAGAGAGAGAGAGCGCGCUUAGCGCGAGACGUGCGCGAGCGCUGGUUUCCUUCCGACUCCACUGCUGUCCUUCAUCUACACGGUGGCGGCUGGAGUUUGGAGGUGACUCUCCGGUGUUGGGUGAAGUCAGAUUUUGAAGUGCAUGCCUUCCCUGAAUAAAAGGUAUUCACUUAUGGACUUGCCAAUGAAUGAUCAACGUGUGGAUACCAUUAUCCAGAACUUUGACAUCAGGUGACAAUACUAGAAAACUCCAAUGGAGACUAAGUUGGACAAUCAAGUUAAUAAAAUUCUCCAAGGUCAUGCCAGCUUCAAUUUCACAACAUAUUUAAAUGGAUCCCUUUCCCUCCACCAUCAUGUAAACAAUGCAGUGCUGGGGAUCAUUCUGGCCAUGUUGUGUCUCCUGACGAUCAUCAUGAACAUCCUGGUUCUUGUAGCUGUGAGAAAAGAACGUACUUUACACACCGUGGGGAACCUUUACAUCGUCAGCCUCUCUUUAGCAGAUCUAAUAGUUGGGGCGACGGUGAUGCCACUCAACCUUGUCUAUCUACUGGAGGACGAAUGGAAACUUGGUCGUGUGGUGUGUCAAUUCUGGCUGGUAAUGGAUUAUGUGGCUAGCACGGCCUCCAUUUUCAGUUUGUUUAUCCUUUGCUUGGACAGAUACCAGUCUGUCAGGCACCCGUUAAGGUAUCUGAAAUACAGAACGCGAGGAAGAGCGACACUAAUGAUUUGUUUUGCUUGGCUUCUCUCCAUGAUGUGGAUUAUACCCAUUUUGGGAUGGAGGAUGUUUGCUAAUGUUGACCGGAAACCUGAACUAGAGAGCAAGUGUGACACAGACUUUCGCUUCGUCACAUGGUUUAAAGUGCUGACUGCCAUUCUCAACUUUUACAUCCCUUCAUUCUUGAUGCUGUGGUUCUAUUCACAGAUUUUCAUUGCUGUUCGUGAACAUUACAGGCAAUGGGAGAGUGUUACUAUUGCUAAGGUUGUGGCAGAUGAAGAGCUAAAUGUGCAAAGCUUAAAAAAUCAGAGAACUUUCUGUAAAAUGGCAGAGGAAGAGAAUCUAGCCUUGCAGACUUACUCUCAGAAAGACGGUAUGUUAGAUCAGUAUACUCUGGAGCAGCUAUACAUCUCAAGGGACACCAAUGAGGAAAAUGGUGAAUCUGUUGCUGAAAAAAAGCCCAAAAACAGGAAAACUUCAUUUUUCAAAAUUACAAAACCUAAGAAGAAAACUGUGAGGGACCCCCAUGAGGUUUCGUCAAUAAACCAGGAGGAAAAUUCAGAAACACCUUCAAAGGAUUCAUCAUUAGCUCUCGGCUUUUUGCAACAUGAGGACAAUGCAGAUGUCAAAAUGUUUGUAUCUGUUACCGAUUGUAACGUAUUAGUGCCGAAUUCGGUUGCUAACAUUUGUGAAAUAACUCCCAAGACUGAUGUUCACAAACACAUUACCAUACUCUGUAAUGAUGAUGCUAAUGCACAGUCGCCUGUAUCGCAAGGGUCAUGGAUGCACGACGAUGGUCCAGGUAUAGACUGUAGCAACACCCUGACUUUGAAGCAAACAUGGCAGAAAUUCUGCGAGCAGUCCAAGCAGUGUGUCCAGAACAUGCGCGUUCAUAAGGAACGGAAAGCGGUGAGGCAGUUGGGCUUCAUCAUUGGUGCCUUUAUGGUGUGCUGGAUCCCAUAUUUUAUCACCUUCAUGGUCAUGGCACUGUGCAACACAUGCGUACAUCACGACCUCCACAUGUUCACUAUAUGGUUGGGCUACAUCAACUCCACCCUCAACCCCUUUAUUUAUCCACUUUGCAAUGAAAAUUUUAAACGCGUAUUUAAAAAGUUCUUUCGUAUAAAGCAGUGAUUUGUGUUGUUGAAGAUUGUGUGUGUCCGGGGAAGCAUUGUUAUUUUGCCCUUAUGUAUGUAAUUGUGUAUUUUUAUGGGUUGUAGACUUUGUUUGGACUGUUAUAGUAUUUAUACUUAUGUUUAUUGGCUUUUUUGGUGCUAGCCAGUGUUGUUGUAUGUUUGUAAUCUGCAUCAGAUUAAGGCGUCAGUACAAAUACUGAUGGUAAACGUUAAAUACAUUCUCUGUGAGUUUCGGUGGUUUAAAUGUUUGCUUGCUUUUUUCACUUAACAGGCAUUGUUAAGUUGUGUCUUUUGCUUUUGUCACAUUUUGCAGGUAUAUUGUGCUUGUCUGCACAGUUGACAAAAUAAUCUGAGGUUUUAUGGAAUAAAAAUGUAUAAAUAG